AUAUUUAAAUCACUUGAAAGUCUUCCAUUAGUCAUUCCAUUCCAUGGCAUACCCCACCCUCAGGCUAAUCAGUUCCAUGACUUGUAUCUAUAUCAUACUUUUUUCCCCACUAAUUUUGUAUAUGUAUAUAUCAGUGCUGAAGACUCAUCGAAGUUUCCUAUCAUAGUUCCUAGGAAGAUUACCAUGAAGCUGCAUAUUAAACAAAACCUAUAUUUAUGUAUGUACCAUGAUGAUGCUUUCUCUUUUCAUUAUGGUAGUACCAAAUACCAAUAGCAAAAAUAAAACAUGACAGAAAAAAAUCCCAUACAACCAAAUUCACCUGACACCGAUUUCAUCAACCAGUGGCCUAUGGACCUCUCUGAGUACUUGAGAUUUGAUGAUGAUGAUCAAUGGCCUGAUGAUGAUCCAGAGCCAUUUGUUUCUGAACAUGUCAUCAACCAAGAUAAUCAACAAGCCAAUGAAUUAUUAGUAGGUGACUUUGGAGGAAUUGAAAGCCAUCUUGAGGGGUCUUCUAGCAGAGGUUUCAUCAGUGAAGGUGAGAGGAAGGAAAUUAGAGAUAAAGUUGCAUUCAAAACCAAGUCAGAGGUUGAAAUUCUUGAUGAUGGAUUCAAGUGGAGGAAAUAUGGAAAGAAGAUGGUGAAAAACAGCCCCAAUCCAAGGAACUACUAUAGAUGUUCCGUGGAUGGAUGUCAAGUGAAAAAGAGAGUUGAGAGAGAUGUGGAUGAUCCGAGUUAUGUAAUAACAACCUACGAAGGCACACAUACUCAUCCAAGUUUUCACUAGAUCAAGUGUAUGAUUGGUAUCACGGUGAGUAUGUCGAAAUUACAGUGAUCCAUCGUAAUUUUGCAGAAGCUACAUAGUAUCACCGGAAUCACGACGACCCACCAUGAUACCAAACAUUAGCCAAGUUUUGGCAUAUUCAUGGGCCAUAGGCCAUAGCUAGCUACAUGCCUACAACUAGUUCUCUUAACUGUGUGUGCUCUAUUGCCUAGUGUUAUGAAGCAUUCAAUAGUCACAAAGUUGGUGAAUUCUCAUGUACAAUAUGAAGAUGUCAAUGAUGAGAAAAUAAAUUUUCAACAAUAUGUACAAUAUGAAGAACUUUUUUUUAUCUCCAA